GAUUGCCCCAGUCCGCAGCCAGUAGGUGGCUCCCGCCACCCUCCAACCUUCAUGCAGGGGUUGGUUCUUUUCCUUGUUCUCUUUUCCCCAGGGCUAAAACUUGCCCAUCUUUCCUCUGCAUUCAGUGCCAGAGAGUGUGACCUUUCAUUUAAGGACGAUUGAGAAAUAUGAUGAUGAGCAAAAUUAUAUAUUAAAAAAACCAAAACAAACAACAAAACUUGAGAUUCUUCUGUGCCAAUAGUGGAAAGUAUGUGGGGUAUGGGCUGAGUCUGAUUGCAAAAGCAGGGCACGUCUCCAGUCGUCAUACUUGGGGAAAAUGGGGUUUGUGGGAGACAGCACAGAGCAGAGGGUGCUCAAGCAGCACUCCCUGGCAGCCCUGCUCUCCUGCUCCGAGCUGGGUUUGGGUGUUCCUAAACAAUGGAAGUUGCAAAACAUGUGGCACCACGUAUUAAAAAGGGAUUAGGAGAGGAGAACCACAAGGAGCAGCCUGGGGCAGAGCCUGGAGGACCAGCACUGCAGGACUGCAGCCAGUUACAGGCACUGCCAGCCAACGCAGAGAGGCAAUCCCAACUCACACACACCUGUGUGCAUCCUGGGAUGCCCCAGACUGCAAGAGCAACCCUCUGCCAGCAACAGCCCUGGGGGUUCUGAGCAGUGCUCUGCCUCUGCAGGCACCAAGGGCAGACUGGGACACACACUGCCCUGACUGAGCUGGAGGGUAAUGCAGCCAGCAGUCUCUUUCACGUUCUAAACCAUUUCUUCUCAGGUUUCUAAGGCUUGUGUUACACCCGAAGAGAAUGGCGUUUAUUAAUUUAUUCCCUUUGGGGCUGUUCAGAAUCAUAUGCAAGAAAAGCCUUAUUUGGGGUUUGUUGGUGUACUGUUGCCAUAAGGAUGCGAGGAGGAGCCAGUGGAUAAUUCCAGCCCGUGCCCAUGGAGCCCUCCCUGACACAAGCAGCACACAGCAGAGCUGGCUCCUUGCAGGACAGCCACGGGGCUCCUGCCUCUCUGAAGGGGACCCUCCCGCUCUGACUCACUGGUGGCUGCUUUGCAUUCUGGAACGAAGCUUAUGUCCCUCCUAAGUGUAAUGAGAAGGUGGAUAAUGCAACCCACAAAACUCUAAUCAUGGUGGUAAUUAAGACACCCACAAGAUAAUGAAGCCCUAUAUAAAAAUACAUAUGUAAAAAGUCAUUGCGAAAGUAAUUCCUUAUCAGUUUUAAACUGUUGCCUUCCCGUAUCUCUGGCCAAGUUAACACCUUGCUUUUCUAAUCUCCCUUCUUUCAGCACAUCUCAAAUGCCAUUGCAAAACAGCACUGCCAUCGUUCAACGGCCACAAACCCAAUGAACCCGAGCUCAUCCUUCUGCCCAUCACACACACCUGGGGCAAACCUGGCACACACUUUUCCCCCAGCUCCCAUUCAAUGCUGUGCCCUGUGUCACCACCAAGCUCCCUGCUACCCAAUGAUCUCUUUCCCUCGCUCUUGCUUAUAGACUGAAAAUACGCUCCCAAACUUCGCUCUUUCAUCCUUUGCAUCCUCACCUACUGUAAACUUCCUUCUUCACAUGAAAUAUAAUUGCAGAGCAGUGACCUGAGCUAAGCACAGUGUACCCUGAGGGUACUCAGCAUUACAGGGCAUGUCUCUGCUCCCUGCUCUGCCAGUCCAAAGUCUGAACCAGAGCACUUUCUCUUUCUGCAGCCUAAGAAGGACCCAGCAGCAGGACAUGGGGCAGGAAGGGGCAGCUGGAGUCUCCUCAGAGGAUAAUUAGGGCACCAGCUGGGCUCCCCAUGAUGGCACAGAGAAGCAGACUCACAGCCUCCUGCCGAGUGCACAUCCUCGUGCUUUGCUUUUUGGCACACGUAGCCACAGGUGUAGAACUGUCUGUCAAUAACUACAACGAUGACUUCACCCUGAUCACAUCGCCCGGGUCUGUCACCUCCCUGUCCUGCCUAGCACAGAACAGGAGCCAAGCCGAGGAGCUGCGCUGGUACCGAGAAGACAGCCAAGUGGAUCUGAAAGAUGAGAAUAAAAUGAACAUCAGCUACAUCUGCAUCUCUCCGGUCUCUGAGUCUGACAACGGCGUUACCUUCACGUGCAAGCUGGUACGGGACCAGUCCGUGCAGGUCUCGGUGGUCCUGGACGUCCGCUUUCCUCCCUCUGUGGGUGAAGAUCAGACCAUCACUGUUGAAGAAGGCAAAGACGUCACUCUGUCCUGCAGUGCCAAGUCCAACCCUCAAGGCCAAACAACAUGGUACAAGAACAACGCCAUCCUGACAAUAGAAGACCACUACCAGGUGUACCAGGACAGUGAGACCUUCCAGCUCUCUAUCACGAAAGCACAAAAGUCUGACAACGGGACCUACACUUGUGAGGUGAAAUCUUCUUGCGGAGACAGCAGUAAGGAUAUCCACCUGAUAGUUGAAGAUAAAAAAACUGUUUUCCCCACGGAGGCUGUUAUCGCUGCUGCUGUGGUGGUUGCACUCACUGUGCUUUUUGGAAUCGUGGCUCAGAAAGACAAAAUAUUUAAGUGCUUCAAAAAAACAAAUGAAACAGCCCUGUAAAGAUGGCAGGGAAGCUUUGCAUACCCAGAAAACCCCAUUCGAAGUGGUGGCACACCUGCACGAGAUUAGGCACCUAAACACAACUCCGGACACGAGCUUUGUGACAAUACAAGCAUCAUUUCACAGCUGCUGAUCGCAAUCACUGCUCAGAACACAGACUGAAGAGGCUGAGGGACCGCCGCAUCUCGUCCCGCAGCCCCGAGCCUGGGAUGCCGCGCUGAUGGCAGGCCACGCAGCCUGUCUGCCUCCCCCCCCGACCGCCCCUUGGCUUCGUUUCGGGAUUGCACCUCACCGCCAAUAAACGCACCGUGCCAUACGUUAA